GAGGGGGUGGGCUGCGGGUGGGCAGGGCUGUGCGAAGGUGUCCCUUCCGCGGACUCCGACUCGACUUACCUAAAGUUCUCCGCACCGAUUGUCUCGUCUGCAUUGUGGAAGUAGCGAAUUCUCGUGCAAACUCUGGAUGCUUCUGAAAGCUCUCGUUUUUUUUUUUAAAAAAAAUGGAACCUUGUUCCUGUGAUACUUUUGUGGCAUUACCUCCGGCAACGGUUGAUAACAGGAUUAUUUUUGGAAAAAAUUCAGACAGACUGUGCGAUGAAGUACAGGAGAUAGUUUAUUUUCCUGCCGCAGUUCAUGAUAACCCGAGAGAACAUCUUCAGUGUACUUAUAUAGAAAUUGAUCAAGUUCCUGAAACCUAUGCUGUUGUCCUUAGUCGCCCAGCUUGGUUAUGGGGGGCAGAAAUGGGAGCCAAUGAGCAUGGAGUUUGCAUUGGGAACGAAGCUGUAUGGGGAAGAGAAGAAGUUUGUGAUGAAGAGGCGCUACUGGGCAUGGACCUUGUCAGACUUGGCCUUGAAAGAGCUGAUACAGCUGAAAAAGCCCUCAAUGUCAUUGUUGAUCUAUUAGAAAAAUAUGGCCAGGGUGGAAAUUGUUCAGAGGGUAGGAUGGUAUUUAGCUAUCACAACAGUUUCCUGAUAGCUGAUAGGAAUGAAGCCUGGAUUCUAGAGACUGCAGGGAAGUACUGGGCAGCAGAAAAAGUACAAGAGGGAGUUCGUAAUAUUUCUAAUCAGCUUUCUAUAGCAACCAAGAUUGAUCGGGAACAUCCAGACAUGAGAAACUAUGCUAAGCAGAAAGGUUGGUGGGAUGGCAAAAAGGAGUUUGAUUUUGCUGCAACAUAUUCUUACCUUGACACAGCCAAGAUGAAGAUUUCACCAGGCAGAUACUGUGAAGGCUACAGGCUUCUGAAUAAACACAAAGGAAAUAUAACUUUUGAAACAAUGAUGGAAAUUCUCCGAGAUAAACCAAGUGGCAUUAAUAUGGAAGGAGAAUUCCUGACGACUGCAAGCAUGGUUUCUAUUUUACCUCAAGACUCCAGCCUUCCUUGCAUUCACUUCUUUACAGGGACUCCUGAUCCUGAGAGAUCUGUUUUUAAGCCUUUCGUAUUUGUGCCAAAUAUUUCACAACUAUUGGAUACCAGUUCACCAACAUUUGGACUUGAAGAUCCAGUUAAGAAGAAGCCACGUUUCCAGCAUAAGCCUGACAGAAGGCACCCACUCUACCAAAAGCAUCAACAGGCAUUGGAAGUAAUAGAUAAAAAGGAGGAAAAAGCCAAAACAUUGUUGGAUAACAUGAGGAAACUGGAGAAAGAACUAUUCAAAGAGAUAGAAUCAAUUCUUCAAAACAAGCACCUUGAUGGGGAUAAAAUUGUUAAUCUCUUUCCUCAGUGUGUAAAAGAUGAAAUUAGAAUUUAUAAGUCAAACAUUAGUCCUUAGUGGUCAUAUAAAUGGUCAGCAAUCUUCAAAGUCUGAAUCUAUCACUUUGGUAAAUGAUAGAACCUAGCUUGAGCAGAUCUGAUUAUCCUUUAAUAGCAUUUAUGUUAAUGGCCUAUUGAAACUACAUAUAGCUUUGCUGAAAUAUUGAGAAAGAAAAAUACAUUGGAAUUAGGCACAUAUAUCAUGGGAUAGUCAGGAUGUAUUUCAGAUAUUUUGUGGGGUUUUUUUUUAGCCAUAAUGCCUUUUAAAAAUUAAAAUAAUUAAAUAUUCUGCACAAAGCAUAAAACAUUGAAAUAAUGCAUGGAUUUAUGUUUAUUAUAGCCCUCAAAUAAUUUUCUUAAUUACAGCAAGAAAGCAGAUUUUUCUUUAGUAAUGGAAAUUAUUGUUUCUUGAGUAAUGAGUUUUUUCUCAUUAGGCAAAUACUAAUCAUAUCUAGCAAAAUUUUGUAGGUUUAUACAUUGUCUUAUUACAGUGUAUUAAUUCUGCAAAUGCACUUUUAUUAAACUCAAACAUGCUUUUUGUCAAGAUUUUUUUUUUUUUGUCAAGAUUUGGCUGACCAAAAAAAAAAAAAAAAAAAAAAAAAAAAAAAAUCUGGCUGACCAGUGAGUGAUUACCUCUAAUUAUAAAGUAGUUUUUCAGCUAUGCUUUGCACCUUUAAAGGCUUUUAUGUUAAUAUUUUUAGAAAAGCUUAUCUGGGGAUUAGGAAAUGGCUAAGGGAACCAAGACCUUAGGAAAUACUCUUUCUGUGUCUUGAAUCUUUCUCAAAUUUUAUUUCUAUUCACUUGAAAACAGCAACACGAGUGAGAGUGGCAAUGAAAUAGAAUUGUUAGUGUAUUAUGAACAUUUAAGAACAUUAUAGUGUAUAAUGUAUUAUAAGCAUUAUAAGUAAUAUCUACCCAAAGCUUAUAAAACUUUGUUAAAGUCCAUAGAGAUUACAAAUAAGACUCAAAGUUGCAAAUUUAAAACAAAAGAAAAUUCCAACUCCAAAUAAUACUAUUUAUUGGUUUCUAUAAAUAUCUUUUAGGUACUUGAUUAUAUUAUAUUUACCGGUUGCUAUCAUUGUAAUUAGGAUUAUUACUAAAGCAGUAAAUCAUUAUAUUUAAAGAGUGCCCAGGAAGUUUCUUAAAAAGUUCUCUCAUAAAAACCAUAAUCUGCCUGAUAUUGCUCUUGUCUAAUUGAGGGCUGCCAUAGAGAGACUUAUCUCAGGUACUCAGCUAUGGUUCAGUGUUAGGUUCUCUCCAAAUCAUGAAAACCCUUGGCCAACACCUGUACCUCUUAUCUCUCUUUUAAUAUAUGAGGAAACUAAGCAGGCUGUUCAUUUAUCUAGAGACACAUACUUGAAUCUUAUUCUCUCCCUAGGGCCAGCAUGUUUUCCCUUUCUCCUCCCACACCAACCUAGACUCAACUACCACCAUCUCUUACUUGGACAAUUUCAGCUGUUUUCUACACCCAUUUUUGUUUUUUAUCUCCAUUCAUACAGAUCACUGCAGCCCAAGUGAUCUCUUAGAGGUGUAAAUCUAAUCAUGAAUUGCUGUCCUGGAACUUUUUAAGAAAAUACUUUUUAUAGCAAAUUUAAGAUUUAGAGCAAAACUGAACAGAGAGUACAGAGUUCCCACGUACCUCCUGUCCCACCUCCAAUUUCCCCCGCUAGCAACAUCCCACACUAGAAUGGUAUAUUUGCUAUAGCUGAGGAACCUAUAUUAACAUAUCAUUAUCACCUCAAAUCCAUAGUCUACUUCAGGUUCACUCAUGGUACCUUCAAUGGGUUUGGACGAAUAUAUAAUCAUAUGUAUUAAUGAUCAUAGUAUCAUACAGAGUAGUUUCACGGCUCUAAAUAUCAUCUGUGUUCCACCUAUACAUCUCUCCCUCUGCUUACCCCUGACAACUACUUUUUUACUGUCUCCAUAGUUUUGCCUUUUCUAGAAUAUCAUAUAGUUGGAAUCAUACAGAAUAUAGCCUUUUCAGAUUUGCUCUUUAACUUACUUAGUGAUAUGCAUUUAAGAGUCCUCCAUGUCUUUUCAUGGCUUGAGAGCUCAUUUCUUUUUAGUGCCGAGUAAUAUUACAUUGUCUGGGUGUCUUGGUUGCUGAUAUCCACUAUGAAGGGCAUCUUAGUUGCUUCCAUGUUUUGGCAAUUAUGAAUAAAGCUGCUAUAAACAUCUGCA